AUGCUCGACGGUGUGAUCCGCGGAGGUGGCGGCGGAGGCGGCGGUGGCGGCGGAGGUGGCGGCGGAGGCGGCGGUGGCGGCGGAGGCGGCGGAGGCGGCGGGGGCGGAGGCCCAGGAAACCCCCCGGACCCGUCUCAACCACCAACAGAGCCGACUUCGCCACCGACAGAGCCGACUUCGCCACCGACAGAGCCGACUUCGCCACCGACAGAGCCGACUUCACCACCGACAAAGCCUACUUCGCCACCACCACCGCCGCCGCCGCCGCCGCCCAGCCCUGUUGAACCAGGGGACCUUCCACCGCCAACACCGCCAAAACAUCCCGGCCGGAAAGUACGAGUUGACCGAAACGCAGUCGAUGUCGUUGAAGAGUGGAGACAUGUUCUACAACUACAAGGGUUAUCGGCCGACCAGGCAGCCGAGGUCAUCAAUGGAGUCCAGGGCGACAUGGCUACUACAGAAAAAGUUAUGGCAGCCAGCGCCUCUAUCUCUUCUCCUAAUAUGCUUAGGGGCGGGAAGCCUGGGGGUCUGCAGACGCUAUGUAUCUCAGAAGCUGCAAACUUUGCAACCUAUGGAGUUCGGCCGGAAGUGUUGAGCAAGUCCCUGGCUCGCGCAGGUGUGCCUCACGACUUGGUGCCUCGCACAGUAUCAAUUCUCAAAAAGAAUGUAGUCAAGGACCCAGGGAGGCCCGAUCGACACGUGGCUUUCAAAGAUUCCGCAAAGAUCAUCGCAGACACUGCCUAUCUUCAAGGUGUAGCUGUCGACGGAGCAGCGAGGUCCCUUAUCUUUGGAGACCCCGGCCCACGAAUUGAUCACCAGCUUCGCCGUGCUGGUGUCCCUGAGGCCAAUGUGGACAAGACGAUAUCCGACAUGAGGAAUGCUAUCAAAAAAGCCGGGACCGAUAAAGACAAGGCUUUCCUAGACUCGAUCGACGUGAUCAAUGAAGCUGCUACGCGUCCCUCUAGCUCCUGGUUAUUGAGUCCCCGCAGUAUUGAUGCCACUGGAGCUGAGAGUGCCAUUGAUGCUAUGGGAGCUACAUACAUGCUCUGGCUCGGGUUGACAAACGCGAUGUGGCACAGUGUCGCUGAAAUGGGGGAUGAAAUACACCCAGAGAUCCGAGAGGAAAUCCUUGCCCUUGGCCAGCCACCAGCAUUGAAGGCUUGGAAGAGCUUCACCUACCCGUACCAACGUACUGGCAAGCCCGACUUUGGCAACGGAAACGGAACCAACGGUACCAACGGUACCUCAUCCGCAUUGCCUACCACGACCCGCUGGUUAAACUCAACUGCCCUGCCCACCUCCAUAUUCCAUAACUCAACCUUCCUGUCGACCACGACCCGCUGGUUAAACUCAACUGCCCUGCCCACCUCCACAUUCCAUAACUCAACCUUCCUGUCGACCACGACCUCUCUGGCAAACUCAACUGUGCUCAACUUCUCUGUCGAGCUCAACCUCUCUGUCGAGCUCAACCUCUCUGUCGAGCUCAACUUCUCUGUCGAGCUCAACCUUUCUGUCGAGCUCAACUUCUCUGUCGAGCUCAACCUCUCUGUCGAGCUCAACUUCUCUGUCGAGCUCAACUGGGCAGCCGGCAACCCUAACCGUAACCAGUACUGCGCCGCCGACCAAGACCUCGGAACCGGCGCCAACCACCAGCAUUGCAAGGCCUCCGCCUAA